CCCGACCCCGACCCGCUGCUGCCGCGCCGUCCCUCUGGCGCCAUGUCGCAGAGCGGGACCCCCGGACUGCAGGAGGAGAACUUGCAGGGCUCCUGGGUGGAAUUGCACUUCAGCAAUAACGGGAACGGGAGCAGCGUUCCAGCCUCUGUUUCUAUUUAUAACGGUGACCUGGAAAAAAUACUGCUGGAUGCCCAGCAUGAGUCUGGACGGAGUAGCUCGAAGAGCUCUCACUGUGACAGCCCACCUCGCUCACAGACCCCUCAAGAUACGACCCGAGCUUCGGAAAUAGACACCCACAGCAUCGGAGAGAAAAACAGCUCUCAGUCCGAGGAAGAUUAUAUCGAGAGAAGGAAAGAAGUUGAGAGCAUCUUGAAGAAAAACUCAGACUGGAUUUGGGAUUGGUCAAGUCGGCCAGAAAACAUCCCCCCCAAGGAGCUGCUGUUCAAGCACCCGAAGCGCACGGCCACGCUCAGCAUGAGGAACACGAGCGUCAUGAAGAAGGGGGGCAUCUUCUCUGCGGAGUUCCUGAAAGUCUUCCUCCCGUCCCUGCUGCUCUCGCACCUGCUGGCCAUCGGGUUGGGGAUCUACAUUGGAAGGCGUCUAACAACUUCCACCAGCACCUUUUGAUGAAGCACUGGAAGCCAGCUCUCGCCCCGUAGCGGGGUUUCUGUCGGGCUGGAGGCGGCACGAGGCGAAGAGCCGCCGCGGGCUGGGGCAGCUGCGCCACUGGAUGGGUCUGUCUGUUCUGUAAAUGCUGCGUUCCUAAUUGAGUAGAACGGAAGAAGAGUUAAAAAAAAAAAAACCAUGCCAACCUGUAAUCAUACCUAUGGGAACAAUUAGCAUGUCCUACUGAUUAACAUCUACUGUAAUAAUUUGGUAGUAAAUUUUGUUUGGAUAUUAUAAAUAUCGAAGUAUAAAUAAUUUUAACACUAGAUAUGACAUGUAGUAUUUCAACAAAAAUGAUCUGUAACCAGUUACUCAGUUUAAAAUACUUUAUAUUUGAAAAGAACGAAUAAUGUUUAUUAAAUAAUGACUA